GUGCGUCACCCGUGUUUUUCAUUCUGAUACCAAAAAGAACAAAAGCAUACCCGUUUUGACUUGUGCGGUUAUUUCCAUGGCGGGAACCAUCCAAGCCCUAAUUCUCACACCCCCACCCGCCCAAACGCUGCCGUUUGCUCACCGGCUCCCACAUUUUCCGUCCAUACAUGCCGCGUUCCGCUUCAAUCAUCGACUUAGCCGCAGCAUUUCGAACCCCGUCAAAGCCUGCCAACACCCCGAUCAGAAAGAUGGUAAUGGAAACAAACCUCACCGGCAUUCGGGUUCGGUGAAGAGCUUGAAUUGGGCUAAACCCUUGUCGAAUUUUCUGGCGAAUAAUUUUCUUCCCUUAGCUCUUGUUGGUGGAGUAGCUUUAGGGAUUGCAAAUCCUAGUUUAGGUUGUCUCGCUGAUACGUAUUCUUUGUCAAAAUUCAGCACAUUUGGGAUUUUUAUCAUCUCAGGGUUGACCUUGCACACUGGAGAAAUUGUUGCAGCUGCAGAAGCAUGGCCUGUCGGAAUAUUUGGGCUAGUCUCCAUUCUAUUAUUUACUCCAUAUUUUUCGAGGGUAAUAUUGCAACUGCAGCUUCAACCUCAAGAGUUUGUUAGAGGGCUUGCACUAUUUUGCUGUAUGCCAACCACAUUAUCAAGUGGAGUGGCGCUUACUCAGCUUGCCGGAGCCAAUUCUGCCCUUGCUCUUGCAAUGACUGUGAUUUCUAACCUGUUAGGAAUUUUAAUUGUUCCAUUUUCUAUAUCAAAGUUCAUAGCCGAUGGAGUUGGUGUAUCUAUUCCGACUAAGCAGCUGUUUAAAAGUCUCGUUCUCACAUUGUUGAUCCCUCUAAUCUUGGGGAAGAUUUGUCGAGAAUCCUUCAGAGGUGUUGCAGACUUUGUUGAUCAAAACCGGAAGCUUUUUUCUAAGCUCAGUGCAAUCUUCCUCAGUCUAGUGCCAUGGAUACAAGUUAGCAGGUCCAGGUCACUGCUGUUGAUGGUUAAACCUCCAGUUUUUCUUGUGGCUAUUGGAAUGGGAAUACUUCUGCACAUCAGCUUUUUCGUCUUUAAUGCACUUGCGGUAAAGGGCGUUUCAGCUCUCUCUGGUGGCAGUCGAUCAGUGUUUUCCAAGAAAGAAAAUGCCACUGCAGUUCUCCUUGUUGCAAGCCAGAAAACCCUGCCCGUAAUGGUGGCUGUUGUUGAGCAACUUGGUGGUGCACUGGGAGAAUCCGGUUUACUUGUUCUUCCUUGUGUUGCAGCACACUUAAAUCAGAUUAUCAUGGACUCGUUUCUUGUAAACUUCUGGCUUCGGAAGGACCUCUCAACCAACAGUAGAAAGGUAUCUUGAGUCUCGGAUUGCACUGCUUAGUGUGCUUUCUCUAUGUUACGGUUACACGUAGAUUAUUAUUGUCUAAUGUCUAUGUACACAUAGAGACGAUAGAUUUAGUUCUGAGAUCUUGUGUUUUCAAAUGUACCUUGUAAAAGUGAUCACUCCAGACGACUCUAUAUGUUCGAAAUUGUGCCUAGACACCCCUAACUAAUUCAUCGUCGUUUCUGGCCAGACGUGGCAUGA